CGGCGCCAAGGCCGAAGCCAGAUGUGCUAUGCGCAGCAGAUGCCUGCAGCAGAACUAUGUGCGCGGGGGCGUGAACCGGUGAAGGCGCGAAUGCCCUGAAGUCUUCGAAACGUACCAUGACCAGCAAUCCGCACAGCCGAGCGCUCUUCGUGAAAGCGGAUGGCGGGCCCAUGUACUUUUCAAUGGCGCCCUGCUCGGAGCGAAAGGAGAUACGUGAGCUUAUAGAAAAUGGAGGCGGCGUUCUUUUGCAGCCGGAUAAGAAUCCUGACGCCGUCCGUUUGGUGCCCACUUGCAUUACAACGACGGAAGGCCCCGAUGACGCUUUCUCUGCCACUUACAUACAUGCUUGCAUUUCCAGCAACAAGCUCUUUCCUCUGAAAGAAUUCAAAAUUCCGAGAGCGUCAGCUGCGGAGACAGACGACGACGGAGACUGCAAGGAGCAUAAACUGCGCUCCGUUCGCUUAAGACGCGAGUACACGCUUGGCGAAGAAAUUGCGAUGGCGAAGUACAUAGCGAAGAAGCCCAGGGUCUGUGUCCGUGGCAACGAGGUAUACAAGGAAAUGGCUGCGGCCUGUGCGGUGCCUGGUGCUCACCCGUGGCAGUCCCUGAAGCAGCAUUACCUGAAGAGAAUACUCCCGUGGAAACACCUGUACGAGUCACCUGACGCGAGUAAAAUCCUCAAGAGACACGCCCACGAGGCACAAGAAGCGCGUGACACCUCGCCGAGCGCCACUUCGGGGUGUGGGUCAGUUAUCGUUGAAGACAGCAGCAGCGAUGACGAACAGUUGCCCAAGCCGCGGGGGGCUACUGACGGUAGAGUCGAAAACAGCUGGGAUCCCGAAACUGAAGUUGUUGCGGAAACAGAAAGUCCAGGUGCAUCGUCAUAUUCGAAGGACAGCAACACACCCGCUGUGAGAAAACAUUCCAGCAGGAGGCUCAAAAUGAAACGCAAGAAGGUUUUACUGUCUACUGCAUUUCUUUCGGGCAGUUGCAAGGAAAGCUCGAGUGAAAGCUCUCCUAGGCACAAAAGUAAUGUCGCGGCACGUGGGAAGAACAGUCGCGACGACGGCAUCGGCAUUGCAGACUCUAGCCAAAAGGCUGAUGAGGUUCCUGAGAAGUCUGCGAUGCCUACACCUGCAGUAGUGCAAAGCAAGAUGUUUCCUGGCAAGACUUCUAGUAUCCAAACACAGUCUCAGCCUGGUGAGCAAGAUGAUGGUGUGGGAAUAUCAGAUUCACAAACCGCUGCAGUAGCGGAGACCGCUUCUGGAAAAAAACGUGUGCUGCGAUCAUCUCCAAGGAAGUCCAAGAAUGCAAAGCAGCAGGAGACACCUGCUGAUGAGAGAACUCACGUUCAUAGUCUACCACACAGCGAUCUCUCUGAGGGGCUGUGUGUCUUGGACAGUGUCGGCAUGCAACAAACCACCCAGUCAUCGCCACAAAAGAAUGUCGACACCGCAGCUUCCCAGAAGCAUACUAGUGGCCUUCCUAACCCAUCACUGCUUUCCCAAAGUCAUGACUGCACUGCCUCAGGAGUCACUGAAGGGCAGGUGUCCCAUGCCAGCAAGCUUACGUCCUUUCGGUCGCCCAUAAGAAAGCAAGGAAGUACCAAAUCCCACGCAAACCUUAGCACACGUUUGAACACACAGUCUACAUUUGAAUCGACUCACGAUGACACUGCAACGAAGGAUAAAUUUCCUCACAAAGCUUUUAGCAGACAAAGGCCCUUGCGAUCACUCCGAAGCAAACGGCUGAACACAGCUCGGCAGAUUGAUCUUGACGGCCAAUUGGAUGAGCUGCCAAACUCUGAGUCUACUGAUGGCAUCGUGACAACAAAGGCCUUCCGUUCUUCACCCGAGUCUGUCUACAACACAGCAGAAAGCGAGAGUACAUCCCAUGGCACUGACUGCAUAGGGAAAGAUGACAAAAAUGUACCGUCGGCACAAAAACAGCAAGCAAAGCCAGAUUCAACAGCGAUGAAAACACACAGGAAAGCAUUGCGAGUGCCUGCAUUACGUAGGAGUGAUAAAACUUUACCAUCUUCUAGUGAGAAUGCACGCUUGAGUAGCACUCGUCGAGCUGCAGGUUGUAAAAAGGAACCGAAGUCGACGCCAUGCAUUGGCAGUGGGACAUCGGGUUUUGACAGUGCUGAUGAUGCCCUGCUUGCGAGGGUUGCAGAGCAAGCAUCUGCGCUUCAUGGUUCAUCUGAGGUCAGCUCUGAAGAGCAAGAUGACGCAACCACAAUUACGCUGUCGAGCAGCAGCAGGCACUCCGACGAGGACUCCACUUUGGAUGACGAAGUGGAGAAUGUGCAACGGGAGCUCUCCAGGCUUCUCGCCGCUCUCGAGGAAGGGAAGGGCCGACCACCACACACCACAUGCCCGCCGCGUUGUACGUGCCCUCUCACGAGCUGGUACGCCCAGUCCGCGCGGGCAGCCGUAUCGCUCAGCGCCUUUCUGGCCUUCCACGAUGCACCACUUCCAGACCAGCCAGGAGGGGUCACCGACCCUGUUGUGGCCAUGGCACUGGAAUGGAUGUUGCGCCACCUUGAACAGGGUGCCAACGAAGGCGACAGAAGUGCUUCGCAGUGA